UCUCUCAUCUUUGAGGAAGUGCAAAACGUAAACAAAUUGUGUUGCGUAAUCUCACACACCCUAUUGUCAUCUUUCGUGGCAAACUACUGUAAUCCGAAUGAGAGUAGGCUACGACAAAAAAAACAACAAGCAUUGUCAGCUGGUGAGAUUAUGAAGAACGAUGAUGAUACCAAAGAAGACACCCAGUCACAAGUCAAGAACUCAGUCAGCAUGGAGAAGAACUGCUGCAACAAGGACGCUUUCAGGCUUCACAUGGUCACGUGGAACGUCGCUACAGCUGAUCCUCCAGAUGACAUCAGCUCCUUGCUUCACCUGAACUCCCCAAAGACCCCAGACCUCUACGUGAUUGGUCUCCAGGAGGUGUACGCUGCUCCUCACAGGUUCAUCAUAGACAUGGCCGUUGAGGACUCCUGGAGCCAUCUCUUCAUGUCCAGCCUGGCACCACGAGGCUACCUGAAGCCCAGGUUUGUGUUGCAGGUGUCCUCCAUCCGAAUGCAGGGCCUCCUACUGCUGUUCUUCUCCAGACUGGCCCACGUUCCAUUCAUUAGAGACAUCCAGGCCACCUACACUCGCACAGGCAUGUUCGGCUACUGGGGGAAUAAAGGUGGGGUGUCCAUCCGUCUGUCUUUCUACGGCCACAUGCUCUGCUUCCUCAACUGCCACCUGGCAGCACACAUGCAGUACGCCUCGCAGCGCGUCGACGAGUUCGAGUACAUCCUAGACACACAGAUCUUCGACCCCAAAAAGACACCGCGAAUCCUCGACCACAAGCUGGUCUUUUGGUUUGGGGAUUUGAACUUCCGCAUCCAAGAUCACGGCAUGCAUUUUUUGCGCAACUGCAUCACCAGCCAUAAGUUCAACUUACUGUGGAGCAAAGACCAGUUGACCAUGAUGAAGAAGAAGGAGGCUUUCCUGCAGGAGUUUGACGAGGGACCUCUGGACUUUCAACCAAGCUACAAAUUCGACAGGUUCUCUGACUGCUAUGACAGCAGGCCCCACAGGACAUGGUUUGUUUUUCAUGGUAAGAUGCGUAAGCCGGCCUGGACAGACCGGAUCCUGUGGAGGGUGAAGCCCAAAGAGCCACCCCCAGAGGAGGAGGAGGACGAGGACAGGGACUCUGGUCUGGAUGAGAAGAACACCAAGCAGCAGGAGGAGGAGGAGGAGGAGGAGGAAGAGUUCCCUCUGAAACUCAAGCAGGACUCGUACACCAGCGACAUGGAGUACGGCGUCAGCGACCACAAGCCUGUCAUCGGCAUCUUCACCUUGGAGUUGAGGAAGAUGUACGAGACGCCGUUGGUGCGCGUGUGUGCCGAGGGGGAAUGGAGCGCCGACUUUGAUGCCAUGGUGAUCUACAGCCCCCUUCAGCCCUUCCCUUCUAGUGCCUGGGACUGGAUAGGCCUCUACAAGGUGGGAUUCAGGAGUGUUUCGGACUACAUUACCUACACCUGGGUGAAGGAUGAUGAGGUCUCAUUUAAUGACGAGCUCACCCAGGUCUAUGUGAGCAAGGAUGAGAUUCCGGUGCUCGGAGGGGAGUGCGUGCUCUGCUACUACUGCAGUACGCUCCAAUGCAUUGGGGGUAUUAGCUCACCCUUUAAGGUACAAGAGUCCAAAGUGGCCGUUGAGGAAGGUCUAGCGCCGGAGAACAUCAACGGCCUUGACAAGGCCACAGCCAGUUAGGACCUGUGAGUGGACCAGACAUGCCCUCGAACACUGUCUGUCCGUCUAUGCUGUUACACAGCUGCCCUUUUGACCUCGGGUGGCCUUCCUGCAAGCUGUGCUGCUGCUGGAGUCAUGGAAUGUUACUUAAAAACUAUAGGCCAGUGCACUUUGUUUUUAAUGAAUCAAACUGUUUCUGUCUUGUUCUCCACUGCCAGGAAUGUCGGCAACAGAACCUGUGCGUUUAUUUCUGUUCUGUUCAGAUGUUGAUCCCGCUUUUAAAGUCAGUCGCAGAGAGAUAUUGGCAGUAGCGUUUUAAGAAAGGUUGAGUGUUUUUGUUAAGUGUAUUUAUGUUUUUAGGUGUUUCUCUGGAUUCAUACAGAACACAUUGGACAUUGUCAGGUGUUCCAGGUAGCUUGUACUAAAGUAAUAAUAAUAAUAAUAUGCCAUUUAGCAGACGCUUUUAUCCAAAGCGACUUAGUCAUGUGUGCAUACAUU